AGCCAAGAUACCAUUGAUGUGAAACCGGUAUAAAUACUCCUGCAUCCGAUUGGAACUUUAACCAGUUGUGAAAUUAGCAACCAUCGGUAUAAACAUGAACAGUUUCCUUCUACCCAUUAUUACAGUUUUGGUGUGCUGCAGUGCAGCGAUGAUGGUCUUAUCUAUUCCACUGGAAGGCACGCCUUGCGACGUAAGGCCAACUUGUAACAAAACGGACUGCAGUGGAGCUUUCGAAGAAUACCGUUGCUGCUACGGAUGUUACGAACCUACCUGUGCUGUUCCUGAACAAAACAUUCAGUGUUUCGCAUGCAAUGAUGGAUGCGUUUGUAAGGAUGGAUACAUCCGGGCUUGCGAUAAGGGACCAUGCAUUCCGAAGCAACAAUGUCCCUAAACGGAGAAUUCUACUCAAAGAGAUGUGAGCCGUUAUGGAAGUCAGGUGUACAUUGCAAACUAUAAAGCUCUUCUUGUAAUCGAUCUGCAUUGUAUGCAACUUGGAAGCUCUCGACGUGACAUGCGCAGCACAGUCCAAAAUGCUUAAAGCUUUCAAUAGAUGUUUCGUUAUUUUGCCGAAAGGUGUACAAGAAACCCAUUCUGAACUUUUGAUUUGAUAUGUCUUUUAAACAUAAUGAAAGUAUUUUCAAUUAAUUUAUGAGGCGAGCACGCGUUCAAGUUUUCAAAUAAAUUGAUCUUAUCUCACAAUCAGUUUGACCUGUUCAAGUCUAUUUACCUUCAGUCGUAUUCAUAAUGUUGCAUCGAUCAGAUAUUCCACGCUGGUGUUUCUACUUGCAUCACUACAGUUCUAUAUGGUUAGGACUGUAUCCCUAUCGCUUUGACGCAACCAAAAGCCGAUUCCACAAGAGCACUUUUAUGUUGAUAGUAGUCGUCAUUUCCAAGGCGCUGUUCAUUUUCACUAAGGCAUAUUCUGCCACAAGUUUUGUGAGACAUGUUUCUUCGAUGCCUGGAUCGCUUCUGCCGGUGAUUCUGUAUUUCGCCAUCGAUAAGCUCGUUUUGCUGCAUGAAGUAUUCCUCAUGAUCACUCAACUGUUCGACUCCAAGCGAUACCUCUGGCUGUUGAAUGAACAUUUUGCAUUAGACGAACACUUGAAGGCGCAAUUCCCAGAUAUACCCCCGAAACCUCUUUGGAUCUAUACCAAACUGGUUCCAUUGAAGCUAAUCUUUAUCGGAACAUGUUGCGCUUUAGUCGGAACGCAAUUAGAUGAUCCACAUGCGAUUGCAAAUUUAUGUCUGUUCAUGAGUGCAGCCGUGUACAACGAUCAGUUUUUGAUCUGGUUGGAAGGUAUCGAACGCAGUAUUGACAUUUUACGCGGACAUUGUGAACAGGUUCAUGGGAAGUUGCGUUAUGUGACUGCGUGCUACGAUGAGUUGGAAUAUUGUGAAGAUUUCCGGCGGAUUGCUGUUGCUCACAACAGGAUUUUCCGAAAUUUCCGCAGGGCUUUACAUUUCUAUGCGGUUCAGAUAAUGAUAACUUUGCUGUUUGUGGCUUUUGCAUUACUGCUGUUGAUGUUCAUGGAGUUUGGGAUAAUCUAUGUGUAUGUUUACGAGAAUGCUCCUUUCAUGGAUAUGAACUUCAAAGGACUAGCGUUGAUGGCUCUUAUGUGGCUAAAACUUUUGAUUAUGAUCAAGCGGUGUGUUGCGGUGAAUGAAAAAGUAUGA